CGCUUGACCGGCUUCUGAACACCUCUCACCUGCACAAGUUUCCAGGAAAGAUGGCUGAUUCAAAUGAUGAAGUGUCGCCAAACCCAUCUCCAGCACAUCAGUCGCCAAACCCAUCUCCAGCACAUCAGUCGCCAAACCCAUCUCCAGCACAUCAGUCGCCAAACCCAUCUCCAGCACAUCAGUCGCCAAACCCAUCUCCAGCACAUCAGUCGCCAAACCCAUCUCCAGCACAUCAGGUGCCACAGGGUAUCGCUCAAGAACCACAGGCGCUUCAGGUCGUCCCAGCGCCUGAUGUUGUCCCAGUGUCUGAGGUCGUCCCAGUGCCUGAGGAAAUCCUAGUGCCUGAGUUCAUCCCAGUGCCUGAUGUCGUCCUAGUGCCUGAGGUCGUCCCAGCACCUGAGGUCGUCCCAGAACCUGAGGUCGUCCCAGAACUUGAGGACGUCCCAGAACCUGAGGUCGUCCCAGAGCCUGAGGUCGUCCCAGAACCUGAGGUCGUCCCAGAACUUGAGGACGUCCCAGAACCUGAGGUCGUCCCAGAGCCUGAGGUCGUCCCAGAGCCUGAGGAAAUCCUAGUGCCUGAGAACGCCGACCUUCAUAGAGACCUUCAGGUGGAGACAGUCAAGGAGAUGAUUGUAAAAACAGCCAUGAAUGAAUGA